CUUGCAUUAUUUUGCCCGGCAUGUCCUCAGCCUGGGAUUAAUGUGCUGUUGUCAGAGGAUGAAUCUCUUGAUGAGGAUCCAAGCUGGAAAUACACCCGGUCAUUUGUGAUGGACGGAAAUUUCAAAGCCGAACAUCUGCAUCCCAUUAAGCCAUUCGAUGAAGUUUGGCUGUCCGAUGGGCUUGGAUUCAUGGUAGGAAAGGACAGGUAUAAAAUGCAUCUGGCAGAGGCUGCUGACACAGUGGAAAAAUCAAGCUGCAACAAUCACCGGGCAGUAAAUCAAGCUAAUGCUGCUCGGCACAAGCUGGAGUCCACCGGUAUCGGGGGAGUUGCCUGUGCCAGACACGGUUGCUUUGUCCCUCACUCCAUGGUGGAUUUUCAGAAAGGCGAAAGGCAAGCCACAUCCACCAUUCCCCAUUCACAAGUUAACCAUGGACAAAUGAACAUGGACUAUGCCCUUUGCGAGGCUUCCCGGCACAACAUGGAAGGCAUCACCAGGGCUGUCACCUUCUAUGAUAUUAAUUGUCAAUACAACAAACACUUUCGGGUUCAGGUGGAUCGAAGUCGAUUUCUAGAAAUGGCACCACAACUAACCAUCAUUCCCGGAAUUGGGUUAUGGCACGUUCAUGGCCAUCAGGACAGCUGCUAU